GAGGUGAAGCGGAAGUGACCGUGUAUGUGUGUGCGCGCACGCGCGCAGCGUCAGAGUUAGCAGAGUUAGCUGCAGCAUGGCGACGGAGGGAGAGAGAGAGAGGCAGAGAGAAGGAGAGAGAGAGAGGCAGAGAGAAGGAGAGAGAGAGGAGGCGACCGUGUCUCUGGUGGACGUGCUGGAGGAGGAUGAGGAGCUGGAGCAGGAAGCGUCGGCUGUGCUGGGAGGAAGCGACUCGGAGAAGUGUUCAUACCCAGAGGGCCAUGUGAAGCGUCAGGCUCUGUAUGCAUGUAACACCUGCACACCAAAAGGAGGAGAACCAGCAGGAAUCUGUCUCGCCUGUUCAUACAAGUGUCAUGAAGGUCACGAACUGUUCGAGCUCUACACCAAGAGGAAUUUCCGGUGUGACUGUGGGAAUGAGAAGUUUGGAGAGAUGGAGUGCAGGUUAUUCCCAGAGAAAGAGAAGACUAACCGUGGAAAUAAAUACAGUCACAAUUUUUUCGGUCUGUACUGCACGUGUGAGAGGCCGUACCCCGACCCGGAGGACGAGGUUGCAGAUGAGAUGAUCCAGUGUGUGGUGUGUGAGGACUGGCUGCAUGGCCGGCACUUGGGCUGUGUGGUCCCAGAGUGUGUGGAACUUCAGGAAAUGAUCUGUGAGUCCUGCAUGAAUAAAUCUCAGUUCCUCUGGACCUACGCUGCUCACCUCGCUGUGAGUCCUACGGUGAAGGUGUGUAAAGAAGAGGAGGACGGUGCGAGAGUGGAGGUGGAGCAUGAUGAAGAGGAGAAUAAAACAGAAGUCAGGAGCUCACUGAAUGAAAAGGUGGAGGUGUGUGAGAAGGUGGAGGUGUGUGAGAAGGUGGAGGUGUGUGAGAAGGUGGAGGUGUGUGAGAAGGUGGAGGUGUGUGAGAAGGUGGAGGUGUGUGAGAAGGUGGAGGUGUGUGAGAAGGUGGAGGUGUGUGAGAAGGUGGAGGUGUGUGAGAAGGUGGAGGUGUGUGAGAAGGUGGAGGUGUGUGAGAAGGUGGAGGUGAACGGGUCCGGCUGUAAGAGGAAGCGGCAGGAGGCUGAAGGUUCAGGAUGCAGGUUUCAGGAGAUGAAGAUGUCAGGAAAGAGCCGUGUUCAGCAGGGAGCCGUGUUCUGGCCAUCAGCGUGGCGCACUAAACUCUGUUCCUGUCAACACUGUAAGAGUGUGUUCGCGGAGGGCGGAGUCUCCUUCCUGUUGGACGACACCGACACGGUGCUCGCUUACGAGAACAAGGGCAAAACCACAGAGCAGGCAAACGGAGGGGAGGCUCGAGACCCACUCAUGUCUGCUCUCGACAACCUGAACCGUGUUCAGCAACUCGAGAUCAUUCACGAGUAUAAUGACAUGAAGACGGAGCUGAAGGAUUACUUACAGAGAUUUGCAGCAGAAGGAAAGGUGGUGACUCCAGAAGACAUCCGUCAGUUCUUUGAAGAGCAGCAGAGUCGUAAGAGACGGAGAGCCAACGCCGAGCAGUACUACUGCAGCUGAACCUGCGUUCUGUAACCCAAACUCUCCGUGUUCAGUCCUGCUCCUUUUCUAAUAAACAUAACUCUACAGAUGCAGCCACGAAUCCAGAAGACACGGUGUUGGUUAUAAGGUUCUGCGUCUGGUGCAGCUGUUACACCGAGACGUUAAAGAUAUUCCUGAAUAAAUGAGGUCGAUGUUCAGCACAAGGUGAAGUGUCCGGAUGUAAAGCGCCAUAAAGCCCAGGGUUCAUGUCGCACGUCACGUUUUUGAUUUGUCUCCCGAUAAGGAAUCGGAUUCAGGAUUCGUUAGGAACACGUCCCAAUCGGGUCGCUCAAAUUGUUGACCAAGUAAUGAUUUUAUUCUAAUUGUUUUAUCUGUACUUUACUCCUUGCAUUACUUUGUAAAUGUAUCUUUGAGAGAUUAAACUUAUUAAUACUUUGAA